UUAAGAACUCACAACGAAGAUAGAUUAUUGUUUUGAUUUUUCAAUUUCCAUAAUCUCUUGCUUCUUUUAUUAUCAUCGAUCAAAUUUCAUCUUAAUCCUAAAAUUUUCCCAAUUUGAUUUCAUUCCUUUUAUUUUGGGAUAAUUUACGGUUUUGGCAGGGGCGGAUUUAGAGGGGUCAAUGCUGUCAAUUGAUAAGUAAGGUGAUUCACUGGGUAGAGUGCUUGUCUUUUAAGUUUUAGUCACUUGGUUCAUGGUUCAAGCCUCCUUCUCUGCCCCAUCUUUAAUGGAAGAAGAGGUUCAAGCCGCCACCCGCGCUUUCCGCCAGCCACCUUCUCUUCCAUCGACUGCCGCCGCGCCAGGUGAAGUUAUGGAACCAAGAGUUGCUGUUUCAGAUAACAAUGAAAACAAUAAAGUCACAACCUCAAGCAGUCUGACAAGUGAUCAUGCUAUGAGGAGAAGAAUAUCCAAGAAGAGAGUUGAAUUGUUAUUGACCAAACCUUCUUAUACCCUCAAAGGUGGUUCAGUGAAUGUACAUCGCGAACAUCGUAUCAGGUUGCGGAACUUUCUUCGUAAAUUUGUGUUGCUGAACAAUUGGGUGGAUGCUAGUGGAGUACUUAGUGUAUUGUUGAAAGCCACUUGUAGAGAUAAAUCACCUCGGAACAAUCGUUUUAAGUAUUGGGUUGCGAUGGAGCUUCUUCGACAUAUGGACAAUGGUUCAAACAGGUACUCAUCUAGGAUUUGGCACAUGUACGAUACUUGGAAAGAAAAGAUAAAGUCUCACAAGAGCUGGACAUUGAAGGAUAGGUCAAUAAUUUUGGAGUUUAUUUUCUCAUGCCUUGCACGAAAUGAUCAUGAUCUUGCCCUAAGUAGCUUGCACAGUGUUAAGCAGGAAGAUGAAUCCUCAAGAGACCCAAACUCUAAUCUGGUGAUUGGCUUGGCCCAUUAUGAGUUAUGGAUUUCUAAUCUACCAAAAGAGAUGAAGCAGGAAAACUCUAAAGAGUCUUGCAUGCAAAUAAAGUCCGAGACAAUGUUAAACAACUCCGAUGAGGAAAGAGAAAAUGUGAAGGGAGAGGAUGCUGCGAGUAUCUUUGAGACCUUUUCAAACUUGCACUAUCAUUCAGAGGCAUCUGUCAUGAAUAACUUGAACGUCAAUCAAAGGCCUGAUGUUGAAGUAUCUGAGGCCAAGUCAAUUGAGCAUGAACAAGAGUUCCAGUUGCAGGAUUCUCUUAUGAUUUCUGCUAAAACGAGCAGUGAAAAGGAUGGCUCAAGGCUGAAUGAUUUCCAAAUUCAAUUUUCGUCUGCUUAUAAUUUGCAGAGCGUGCAAUCAUUGUUGCCCUUAAGGGUGUCUUCUUCAAAGAAUAUAAUGAACAUUCUCUCUUCUCUUAGACAAAGUUCUAGUGAUCAUUACAAGGAAGCUUUGAAGUUUUUAAAGAUUGCUCUAGAUUCUCCGCCUCCAAUCUCAGAAGCAGCACUACUUCCUUUGAUACAGCUGCUGCUUCUUGGUGGCUAUGCUAGUGAAACAGUUGAUGUUCUUGAGCAAUUUUGCAAUGAUUCAAGCUCAGUGCUUUCGUCUAAAUUGAAGGCUUAUAGUUGGGAAUUCUUUGAUCCAAACAAUUACAACAAGUUAUCCUUAUGUUUUGAGGAUGUAUUGAAGAAGGAUCCUACAUGUAAGCAUUCACUAGCAAAGCUCUUGGAGUUGCAUUACAAAGGAGUAUAUGAAACUGAACGUUUAGUGGAGAUGAUUGCUCUUCACUUGGAAGCUAUUCGUGGAGAUCACAGUUUAUGGAGGGAAUUUGCUUUGUGUUUGCUUAAACUUACCGAAUGUGAAGAAGACAGAAUUUCCAUGUGUGUGGAUGGGGAACAAGUUAAGUGUGAACAUAUGCAUACUAUUCGUUACUCUAGGACACCCAUCUCAUUUGUCGAGGGUAUGUCAGGAAAGACAUGGAAAUUCCGCUGCAAAUGGUGGUUGGAUCGUCAUUUUAAUAAGCAGACACUGGAAUCAGAAAUGGCAGCAGGUGAGUCGAAGCUCAUGUCAUACAAGGCAGCUUGUGCAUCUCAUCUUUACGGGAAGGAGCUAGAAUAUGUCGCAAGGGUUACUUCAUAUUUAAAAAAGCACGAUACGAUGCUAUUGUCGUAUUUGGAGAACCACAUGCAGAUUACUGUCGGUUUUUUCUCUUAUUUAGUCGAGAAAAGAUCGUAACUGGGCGGCUGACAUAUGCAGGAAGCUGACAGAUGAUUCCGAUGAGCCAUGGUUAACGAAUGUAACAACUUAUGUGCUCGUCUAAUUGUGUGAUUACAAAUUUUGAUGUACAUCUUGAGAAAUUACAUAAUUUUAUUAAUUAAUGUCUCUUCUUUUAAUAAAAGAAAUAAGUGGAGUAUAAUGUUUUCACUUUUUAAGUUUGUUCUUUGAUUUUCAUAUAAAUUUAGGUUUAGAAGUAUUAUUUGAAAAUUGAAAUAUGUGGAAUAAAAGAUAAAUUAAAUGUAUUUAUUAGAAUUAAAGGAGUGUUUGGUUAUUUUAAAAAAAGAAAAUAUAGGACGGAAAUAGAAGUUAUGGCAAAAUCAAUACUCUAUUCCUAGUAGAUUGAUAUAUAUUGAUAUACUAUUCUUUUUGUCUUUCUUUUACAUUAUUACUUUUUGGGAAAUCUUACAUUGUAGCAUCAAACUUUCAUGAAACGUCAGUGGUAAUAUUUUUGUAAGAUUUUUUUCAUAUGGUAGCACCUAGUCUAUGCCUUAUUUAACUGUCGUAGCAUUUGUUGUUAAAUUCUAGUCAAUUUCCUUUUAAUUCACCAUUUUGACGUUUGAUUCACCGUUUUAUUCAUCA